GCCCAGGCAGACAAGGAGCUGGCGGACGAUGAUGAAUUCGACUCAUUUUCCGAGGACGAUGGCACGGAUGCCAGUCUUCCACGCACGCCAGCCGAUGUCAAUUCAGACACGGAAGCUGGCUGUGCGCAUGUACCUGACACCGUCUCAGAGAUCCCAGCCUCGUCGUCACGCGAUGAUGGAG